AUGGGGAGCUUCUCGUCAUUCAAACCACGCCGGGGAUGCUUUGAAGCAAACCCCCCCUUCGCACCAGCUGUGAUCGCGGGAAUGAAGAAACACAUGCACAGCCUCUUGGCGGCGACCGAGGAGCCGCUGAGCUUCGUCAUUGCCAUCGCAAGUUGGGAGAAUCCCGAGGUCGCUGCUUUGAGAAAGUCUCCUUUUGCGCGUGGCCACAUCGUGGUGCCCAGGGACGAACAGGUGUGGCUAGAUGGCCUGCAGAGCCGCCGGGCUCCCGUGGAGCUUCUGAUUGUGGUCUUACAGAACGAUGCCGCUGCCUCUGACCAGAAGAUGAUGAUCUCGCGGGAGAAGCUGGAGCGGUUGCGUGAAAGCUGCACAGGAGAGGCCAAGCCUCUGGGCCCCAGGAAAAGGCCUCGCCCGGACACUUCGGUUGAGACUGCUCAGGCAGCAGCCGAUGGACAGGGCGAAACGCUUGAUGCAGGCCGGGCUCGAGCGAUCUCAAUUCGACCAGGCGGAGUGCUGUGGCGUGUGCCUCAUUGGCAGCUUGUCAAGCUGAAGCGCUUUUGCGCGUGGUUUCGCCUGAGAUCAGCUGCAAAGUCGUUCGGCUGGACCUCAAGCGUGACAGAUGGCUGGCACGCCCGCAACAUGCGCUUCUGGCUCAAGGAAGCCGCGACGGUGGACGGCAUGACGGGAGGUGGCGUUUCCGACCAGGAUCUGGUCUUCAACCAGCAGUUCAUGAGGAAGCUGGCACGCAUUCGUGGAAACUCCAAGGGUCGCUUUCAGCGUGCUUUGGACGUGGGCGCUGGCAUCGGUCGGCUGGCCAAAGGCGUCUUCCGCACGCACUGCGAUCGCGUCGACCUGCUGGAGCCCAUCGAGAAGCAUCUCCAAGUUGCCAGAAAGGAGCUCGACGACACAACUUGGCCGGGACACUUCAUCUGCGGCACGCUUCAAGAUUUUCAGCAGCCUCAGCAGUCGCUGUACGAUCUGGUGUGGUGCCAGUGGAUCUUCAUGUACAUCACAGAUGCAGAUGUAGUGAAGUUCCUCCGACGUGUCUCCGUGGAGCUCCUUGCGCCAGCCGGGACCGUCGUAGUGAAGGAGAAUGUCGCCCAAACCCGUGUUGGAUCUUAUUUCGACGAUGAGACGGGUGAGCUCUGGCGCGGCGCAAACGGUGGCUCCCAACGUAGUGGACCCAUGUCCGUCUUGCGGACCCCGCAACAUUACCUCAAGCUCUUCAGGGAAAGCGGGCUGGAGGUGCUCCUCCGCCGUCGACAGCUCUUCUCGCAAGAUGAGAUGCCCAUGACGCUGUUUGUACUGGCCGCGCCCUCGCGAUCUGAGACGGCCUGGUGCGCAGGGCUGCAGCAGCUGCCAGGGCAAUGCGCGAAGCCAGACACGGAACAAGCAGACGUCACUCUGCAACAGCAGACCCUCGCCGCGCAUGCCGUAUGGUUUAAGGUCAUAGGACAUGACGCGGUGGGGAGGUAUCUUUGGAACUUUCCUUCAGCUUUGGCGGGACGGCCCUGCUUCCUGCAGGACAGGCAUUUGCCAGGCCUGACCUCCUGGCUUCUGAUGUUGUGGAUAGUUUGGUUUUGCUUGCUUCUUCGAGCACUGUGCGUUGCUGUCGCGGAGACUCAAGAUGUUGUGCUCCAACGCCUGCGGCGUGGGCAGUCAAGGGCCGCCAAUGCCACGCUUCUGGUGGGAGGCCUCGUGCGCAACGCAGUUUUGCAUCUGCCUCAGCUCCGCCAGAGGAUCGAAACCCUGGCCGAUCAUUUCCGACGAGUACGAGUUAUUUUUGUUGAAAACGAUUCUACAGAUGGUACUGGGAAGUAUCUGGAUCACUGGUCCAAAACUGCGGCAGGAAAGACCAGCAUGAGAGCAAUCCGCCUGACGCUCUCACAGGAUCAACACAUAGGUCCAUACAAAAGCCGAGGUGAGCUCAAAUCCAAAGGAUGGGGUCACGAUGGAGUGCGCCUCCUAGCCAGGCUUAGGAACAAGUAUCUGAAGGAAUUCCGGAGAGAGACCCGGGGCACGGCCAACGAGCAUUGGAUUUUGAUGGUCGAUGCGGAUGUUGGAAUGGAGUGGUCUGCUUCGGUUCUGCUGGAAGCUCUUGGCCACGAGGCCCGAUGGCAUGCCCUUUGUGCGCAUACUUGGUAUCGCUCCAACAGCCUCUAUGAUGCAUUCGCAUUGCGAGGUGAGGGUUUGCAAGGCUUAUCUCCCGUAGAUUUUGAAGAGCAAGCUGGAAAGAGCUUCUUUCCCCAUGCUCUUUGUGGUCUGCAGAGACAGUGGGGAGAACAUUGCGACUGCGGAAUGGAGUUGCAAGAUCAGGAAAACACAUGCAGCUCCUGUGCUGCAUCUGCUACAGCACGCUCGCUCAUUCCAGUGGACAGCUGCUUUGGUGGUAUGGCACUUUACCACGAGGACCUGUUGCACAAGUUCGGCAGCUGCCGAUAUGAUGAGGGUCUUGACGACUGUGAACACGUGGCCCUGCACAGCUGCAUGCGAUCCCGUGGGGCGAUAAUCGUCUUGUACCCCAGGCUUGCUGCUCAAGCUAGCGCCGCGAACACCACGUGCUGUGUCGAAACAUGCAGCCAGGCGGAGGCAUUUCCAAUGUCCUUCCUGCCAUUUCAGCCGCAAUUCUCGGCAUCAGGGGCACGAGUGGCAGGGUUGUUGGCAGCAGGGAUGUCAUUCGAGGAGGAAGGCCAGUUGCAGGCAGCCCUUGAAAAGUACCAGGAGGCUGCGCGAAUUCCCAAAGACGCCGGUUUGGGUCUUCAGCGCUGGGCUGCACGUGCUGGACUUUUGGGAGCAUUUCUGCUUCUGCAGUACAAGCAAGCUGACAAAGCCCUACUGAUGAUAAGAGACAGACAAGGUACCCAGCUUCUCGCAAGCAAAGAUCCCUGGGCCGCGAUGAUGGUGGGCCACGUGCACGAGUUGCUUGACGAUUUGGCAGGUGCUGCAACAUGGUUCGAAAAUGCGAUCGAGACGUGGCCAACUGCUCCCGCAAUGUUGUGGAAGGCAGAGGAGCAUCAGGGAGCUUGGAUCAAAGCGCGGCUGUCAUGGCUUCCUGCAACCCAUGGCUCUGAGAAAGAAGCCAUAAAGGCGAUAGAAAACUUCACCAUAGGGCUCAGUGCGCUGAUCGUAGAAGAGGGGGCGCCGCUGAGAGGAAGAGGCUGUGGCAUACCAGCAGCCUUUGACACCCGUUCCGUCGAGAUGACUCGUUUAACUUAUCUCGGGCCGACGCUCGUCCCACAUUUGCCUGAGAUCGCAUCUGCAUUCUCACGACUUCAUCUCCGAUCACUUCGAAAUCUGGGCUUCGACGCCGCAGCCUUGCAGGCUCCAAGAGGCCUUCGCAAGUCUCCAGAAGUUCGAGUUGGAUUUGUUUCUGGGCUUUUUGGCGAUAGUGCCGUGGGCAACUUGGCCAGAGGGGUCAUUUGGCCUUUGCCAAAAUCUGUCUGGGUUGCUCUCUUGUGCCUCGGAAGUUUACAGCGUAAGUCCCCCAGCUCGGCGGUCGUGGAAGCGCUCCGGGAGCGUGCAGAUCAUGUGGAAGAAGCAUCCUACUGGAGCUCUACGUCGCCUGGCACGCCGAAGGAGCUGGGCCGCACCAGGACUGCGAUCUUGAAGUUGAGGCUCGACUGUCUGGUGUUCUUGGAAGUUGGUCUGGACGUGCGAAGCUUCACUCUGGCUCACAGCCGUUUGGCACCAUUGCAGAUGGUUACCUAUGGCCAUGCAUCCACCACGGGAAUUCCGACCAUCGAUGCUUUUCUGAGCUUCGAGGCUUUCGAGCCAAGUGAAUGGUUUCAUGCCCAGAGCCAGUACAGCGAGCAGCUCGUCCUGCUGAAAGGCCUCCCUUUCUUCGUGCCGAGCACAGAUCCCGGAGAGGCGGAAAAGGCUACGUCUACCCUUCGCUGGGCCUCACUGCUGGAGAGCUCUGGCACUGGAACCUGUGCCUUGACGAAAGCUUCCGAUCGUGUGUACCUGGUGGCACAGACGCUGUACAAGCUUGUGCCGGCCUUUGAUGAGGCGCUGGUAGGAAUUCUCAAGGCAGACCCGGACCCAGAGGCUGUUUUAGCGAUCCGGGUGGGGCACCCACAACCGCAGAUCCACGGGCGCAUUGCCGCCAGGCUUGCCCUUCAGCUGGAGCCGUCCCAGCUGGCUCGUGUGUGCUUCGUCCCGAUGCAGAACGCCAGCACCUACUUCUGGAUGCUGAAGCAUGCUAGUGUGGUUCUUGACACUUUCCCUCACGGAGGUCACACCACCACACUUGAUGCCUUGAGUGCUGGCCGUCCAUUAGUGACCCUGAAGGGACAGCAUCUUGCGGGAGGUUUUGCUGCAGGAUUCCUCCGAAUCCUCUUCGAGAAGAGCCUUCCAGAUGUGGGGAGUUGCUGUCUGGCGCUGACCGUCUCUGACUACGUCAAGAAGGCGGUUCUCCUGGCGUCGAAUCCUGACUACUCUAAGCGAGUUGGGUCCUGGAUCAGAGAGACUGCCCCGGCACGGGUCUUCCACCGGCGCGACGGAGCUGAAGCCUUGGCAGAGCUCUUGCUGGCGGUGUCAGGAAAGCCCCAAGAAGAAGGAGAUCCGAGAAAGCUAGAUGAUCGGGCUGAGCCACGCGGGCCUUGCCAUCAAGGGCAGGGGGUCACUCUUUCAGCGUAUCUUCAAGACCCUCGCCAGUUCACAUGGGGGAUCCUCCCCUUGGUCUUGCGCCCUCGCAGCUGGCGACAAGUUCAACCAGCCGACAAAGCUGCGGCAUCGGCAGUUCAGCACCAAUCGAUCUGGCCUAUGCACAUGGCAGUCUCCCCGAGCUUUGAGUUUCCGGUUGCCAGGCAGAGUUUUGCCACGGCCCUGGCCGGUCACGGCGGGCUUGCUGUGGCAUUCUGCUGUGCUGCCAUCUCUUUCCCCUGGCUGCUCUCCUGGGCACCACAGCUUCGCAAGAGUUUGCAGGGCUUUCAAAGCGGCACAGACGAGAUCCGGCUCGGCCUGGCUCACGCCCAUCAUGACUCGGCCGUUCUCUCGGUGCUGUAUCUUCUGACGCCAGACAGGCAGCUGGGUGCGGUGUCCCUCGAGUUUUGCGUGGCAGAGCUACAAAGGCAGCAGCCUGGCAUCCUGCCGGCUUGGGAGUGGAGCAUUGGAUCCAAGGCUUGCAGGUUCAAGCCAACGUCCCUGUUUGUGCGGCAAGACGCCUCGAGCGGGUCUGCCGAGCUGCUCCUGGUGGAUGAGUCAUCCUUUGCGGCGACUCUCCCGGGGCACGUGCUUGGAGCUCUUCUACAUCCUUUGCAAGCCAUUCCACUAGAGCAACCAGUGGAAGUAAACGGCUUGCGUUGA